ACACAAUGCAACGUAAUUCACACAAAUCCGGAUCGAAAUGCAUGCAGGAAUAUUUUAAUGUAUACGAUAAAAAAUUAUAGACACACCGAAUUGUUGCCAUUUUUUGACGCAACAAUCGUAGUAAAAUCUCUUGCGGCGUUAGAGGGGAUGCGUUAAAAAAUAAAGUGAAAAUUCUCGCGCAAGGAUAAUCUUCGACACAGUUGUUAAGCGAAAUAAAGCAAUACCGUUUAAACCCAAGGACUAAAUACUGCACGUUAUAAGAAACUACAUCGUUCCAAUCUGUUUCUGAGCUUCACAUUAAGUGGUUAGUGACCGAUUAACAAUGAUUGACAAAUAUAUUGUUUUACUAGUGGUUCUUGCAUAUGUGUACUGUGAACUGCCGAACUACAUAAAAGUUUGUCAAUCCAAUGACGUCAACUUGGACAGCUGCAUAAUUAACUCCAUAGAAGAACUCAGGCCGAAACUGAAGGAAGGAAUCGAAGAACUAAACGUGCCACCAAUCGAACCUUUGCUGCUCGACGAGAUACAAAUGAGAAGCGGACCGAGAACCGCAAAGAUCGACGCCAACAUCACCAACCUCAAAGUCUGGGGCGCGUCCGAUUUUAAAAUUUUGAGUCUCAAGCCCGUUUUGGAGAAGAACAAGUUCAUGUUUAAGGCAACGAUUCCGUCUUUGUACUUCGAGGGUGACUACGAUGUGGACUUGAACUUGUUGCUGCUGAAGUUCCAGGGCAAGGGGCCGAUUACUGGAAAUCUAACUGAUUACACUUUCGACUGCGUGCUUCGAGGUAAGAGGAUCACGAGGAACGACAAGCAGUAUCUGGAGUUCAAAAAAAUGGCAAUACACGUCCACAUAGGUGCCAACUCGGUUUUGAAAAUGGGAAACAUAUUUGCCGGAGAUCCGCAAAUCGCAAAGGCUACAAACGAAGUGAUUUCAGAAAAUAGUGAUUUGUUCCUGGAGGAAAUUCGACCAGUUUUGGAGAACUCGUUGGCGGUGAAGUUCACCAACAUUGCAAAUCAAAUAACAAAGCGAUUCACAUACGACGAACUUUUUCCCUAAAAUUUUUUAAAGAAAUAAUGUUAUGGUUAUUUUUCUUCUGAAAAUUAUGUAUUAGCAAAUAUUUAAUCUACUUAUAGUAAACACCAUUGUGUUGCGGAAUAAGUGAUUAAUAAUUUUAUAAAUUAUAUUGUCUAAAUGUAUAUAUAUAAAUAUUUUUACUGCAUAAUUUUUUUAAAUAAAUUUUUUAUUGUCAUGUUUUAA